UUGAAUACGUAUCAUGAUGGAUAGUUUUAUUGCUCCCAUUGUGCCUUGCCAAUGCGCCGAUGUUGUCUUAAUUUGGUUGCUAUCCGCUGUAUGUUUUUGUGCUUCACCUUCUGCGUAAGUAGACCAUGCUGUGAGACAAAUCAUUUUUUUCCACCUGCUGUUUCCAUCCUGACGCAGCUACGUUGACACCGAUUGAGAAAAACACGACUGCCAUUCACAUCAAUCACUGAAAAUGACGAAUUGCGGCCCCGUGUCUUCUACCAGAACUCGUCUCUCGAGAUCUCCUCUCCCUGUACCGAAAAAAUGGGUGCAGCCACUUUGUCACCUCCUCUUGGUGAGCAGCACCGCUAUUGCCUCCACGAUUGCGUCGACGAUUGGCCGAGCCAAGCUCUUUGAGCACCAGAAAACGGCGGUUGCGAUAUCACAAGGAAAAAUCCCCCCUCCCCAUAUCAAAAGGAAGUCUCUGAUGCUGGAUUUGGGUACACAAAUCGGGUCUGUCUUGCAGUAGAGGACUGCAGGCCCAUACCAAGCCUAAGUAGAAGGGUUUUGACGUAGGCGCGUAGCAUGGCAAAUGUGUACUCUGUAGGCCCCAUAGCAUCAGAAACCGCCUGCAAAAUGCGGCGGAGUCUCUGGCUUGGCCUUCUUGCAAUACAGAGACGAUUUGUGGCCACAAAUCAGCAUCGCAAAUUUUCAGAAGUAUCCCUUUUUGAUGUGGAGAGGGGGGAUUUUUCCUCACGAUAUGCGAAGACGGUGUCGUUCCCCCUGGAGCAGGAGGUGACCCAAGUGGAGGACGAUGUCGCUCGUCGAGAGAGCAGUACUAGUUCCUCUUCCGUCCUCCCUAGUGGCCAGCAGUCCGGGUCAUUGGCUAGUAGUUGCAAAAAUUCAGCAACGCCGUCAUCUACUGGUAGAGCAGGAACAAGAGUCGAUAAACUCAACGGACCUGCGGUUCUCUCAUGCGAAGAAGCGGCCAGCAGCAGCACGACGCCAAUGAAUUUGAAUGCAGCGCCCUUCUGGUCGCUCACUAAUUUUGAGCGCGGCAUGCAUUUGGUCUCUACCCCCGCCGUCAAUGUCAACUUCGCUCCCCCGUCGUUCCAGAUCCCCACUUUCGAGGAGGCGUUGACCCUGCGGAAGCAGCAGUAUGAGGCGGAAAUGCAGCGGGAAGUAGUUGUAGCCGGAUCUUCACAAAAUAAAGAACCUGCUGGAGGUGGUGCGCCAAUCUACUACUCCUCUCUGCUUCCAACCUCGAUUUGGGCGCGGGCAGCGCAUCCUCUUUUGAGUGGUACUAGCCUGAUGGGCACCAGCACGAAGAUGACGACGUCAGCCUCCGCUACUGAAGCGGCAACUACGCCGGAGGAUUUUUUUUUCAAGUGCAAAAAUUUCUGGUGGAACAAUCACUCAUUGAAUGUUGACCGAGCCACGACGUCGAGCGGACAGGCUGCAGAAAGCAACAGUCCAGCGUCAAGUUUCCUGACCAAAGUGAAUAUGAAAACUGCGGAACAAGCCUCCUCGACGGGUGGGACGGUUUUUACCAAGCCGCUUACGCUAGACCAGCUGCUCGCGUUUUACCCGACAGUCACCCACGAGCUGGAUACGGAGAAGAAACCUCUGGCAAAACGCGGUCCACUUGAGCUCCCCAACCACGUGGGUGUAGUGAUGGACGGGAACGGGCGCUGGGCGUCUUCAAGGGGGUUCCACCGAUCUGCGGGGCACAGUGAGGCGGAGAAAAAUGUCCGCGAGUUGAUCGAAACGGCGGCGAAAAUUGGCAUUCCGCAACUGACGCUAUACGCUUUCAGUAUACAAUUUUUUCAAUUACUUUCUCAUUUUUCAUAAGUGACCUGUUCGGAGCUUAAGGUUUUUGAACCACAAAAAUUUAAGAUACGAGGCGUGCUGGUUUUCUAAUUUGUUCUUAUUUGUUCCAUGCAUCUGUGGAAAAGCUCCUUGAUAACAUGACUUGACUUUUUUUCUACGUCCUCAAGGUUCGGACAAUUGGAAGCGGCCUAAGGACGAAGUGCAGCACUUAAUGGCUAGGUUCACGAACUUUUUGACCGAUCCGGAGCUCCGAAAACAGCUGAAAGACAACGAAAUUCAGCUUCGCGUGAUCGGCGAUCUUUCGCCCCCUUUCGACGACUUCGAGGUUGUGUCGGACACAACCUCGAAGUCGUCCGCGCGCCGUGGAUCUUCACAGGGAAAGGGCUUCGGCAAACCGCCCGGAAAUAAUGCCGAGGAAGGACAGCCGCACGUGUUGGAUACCAGUUCCUCCGAGCACCUACCCACCCCGGUAAGUGAUGGCAGCAACUUGAGCUCUCGCAGGAACUCGCCACGAGAAGACGAGGAGGAGGAGCAGGACGGAGUUAUGGUCGAGGGACAAGGUGGUGACCAUCAGCGGGAAGACGGGCAGCGUAGUACUAAUACAGGUGUAGUGGUCCAAGGAAAUGCUUUGGAGCAGCAGAGCAGCGCACCUCCCUAUUCAAAAAAAAAGUUUUAGUUUAGUCUGUGUUUGGUGUAAAAAUAAGUACAUUUUUCGAUGAGCAGCAUGAUAACGUGCGCCACUAGAAGUACGCGGAGUCCCUUGUUAAAACCAUGGAAAGCCGCUCUGACGGUACCAAGAUCACCAUCCGGCGUGACAAGUGUGAAAUAAACGUAAAGGGCCGCGCAUCUGUUAUUUCUUCAUCAGACUAACACAGUUUUUCUCUACUUGCAUAAACCCUUCACUCCACCUACCGCCGGUCCGAUUGCGGCGGACCAGGCGGCCCAGAGCUUUCUCCCGGUGCCGCCCACAGGCGUCCUGCCCCAGCGGAGCGAUUCGCCGGAUACACUGGCCUCGACCAUUUCGUCGGUCACGCUGAAGCAACCCUCGGAAUCCGGCGGCUCGCUCUUCUCCGGGGUGAGUAGUUCGUUCCAGCAAAUUCAGGCGGGGUCGAUAUCCCCCUCCUGGUGCAACGUGGUAUGGAACUCGCAAGCGAAAGAAGAAUUUCAAGCGCAACAGCACGAGGCGCUGUGCGCGAAGAUGAAUCAGAUGAACCUCCUGGGCGCGGCCGGUGGACAGCAACUACGAGGGCAGCUGCAAAGUAGUUGUACCGCGACAGGAGGAGCCUCUAGUACAACUGGAUCAGCCACGACCAUGCAGCCUGUGGUCUCUUCUGCAGCAGGAGGAGUUUGUGGUGGGGCACCAGCACCACUAUCCUCUGCUUCGCCAACGUCUUCUAUGACCAGGUUGCUGCAGCAGAAAGCCGCCUUCCCUCUCCUGCGGCCGCAGCCGUUGCAACUGUCUGCAAUGAGCACCGCUGCAUUGGGAGGGCCCCUUGCCACGGGACCUGCAGGCGGUGGAGACAACUCGUCGUUGAUUAUAGGCGGCCAAGGGAGCAGUUGUAGACCACAAGGGCAUGAUCAACAGCAGCUCCCCAACUUCAGUGCCGUGAGCACCCCGACACCCGUGCACGGUGGGUUUUUCCGGUAUCAUUCCCCCGGCAGGGCGUCGAACGCCAGUUCCAUCAAGGAAGACAUUCGGGGCGAGCAUAUCAAAAGGAAAAAUCCCCCCUUCCCAUAUCGAAAAGGUAUGUUUCCGAAAAUUUGUGCUGGUGAUUUGUGACCACAAAUGGGGUCUGUCUUGCAAGAAGGCGCGCUCAGGUUGUCCGGCACGCUAUGCAGGCGAUUUGUAACGCUGUAAGGCCUACAGGAUAGCCGUUUACCAUGCUAGGCGCCUACACCAAAUGGCCCCCGCCCAGGCUCAGGAUCUGUGCUGUGCAUUCCUCUACUGCAACACAAAUUUGAUUUGUGUACCCAAAUCCAGCAUCAGAAAUCUCGUUUUGAUAUGGGGAGGGGGGAUUUUUCCUUUUGAUAGAGCAGCAGGCGGAAGCAGGAGGGAGCCCCACGCCGGAAAGGCAAGUCACUGGGACGUCGAGUGGGAAUAAAGAUGCAGGUGCGCCGUCCACUGCAACUGCUGCGGGACUACAACUCAACACAGAAUUAUCCGGAGUCAGGUCCAAGUCCUCCUCCGGCCAGUCGAUUGACUCGCUUGCGCAAGCGGAUCAGCAGCGGCAGUUGACAACGGAGCAAGUGAUGCAAAACGCGGAAUUCCAGCGACAAAAAAGCGAGCAGAGCGCAGCGGGAGCACCAGCAGCGGAUGGAAGAUCUUCAAACGAGACGAAGAAGCAGGUUAACCACGAUGUUGAUAACAAAAAACCCGAUCUCGUCUACCAGCUUUCCACCGAGGAGCGGCAGAAAUUUCGGGCUCUGAUUCAGGAGAUCCACACCAGCACGCGGAAGCACAAGAAAAUGCGGCUGAACAUUUUGCUCUCGUACAGUUCGAGCUGGGAACUCCAGGAGGCGAUGAAGCGCAUGCACCAGGACCACCUGAUAAAGAAAAAUGCAGAAUUUUUGGAUUGGGACUUCGAAAAGUUGAUGUCCUUCAUGGGCAUCGACUCAGAGAUUGAUCUCCUCGUCAGGUAUUUUUUUUUGGAGAGGUUGGUUUUUAUCAUGAUGUAGUUUGUAGUGAGGUCAUAAACAUAAUCGAAGAAGCACAAGCAGGCACAGGUAGAACUGCUUUGCGCCACCUGCUGUGCACUGGUCGAAAGACAGUUUUGGUGCUAACUAAUGCGCUCGAGAAAUAAGAAUGCGAGCUUAAUUAUCGCACGCACUUGAUUACAACAGAACCGGCGACCAGCAGCGGCUGUCCGAGUUUUGUCUACCACAGUUGCGCUACGCCGAGAUUCUGUUCGAGUCCAAGUACUUAUCAAAUGCAAAUAUGUCUGGGUCUGGAUGGGUCCAGAUAUUUGCCAUGCUGCUCUUGCAUGAUCUAGGAGGUCUGGCAUGCAAGCCAUAGCAUCACACGUCUUGAGAAGGUAUCCCCAUGCCUGAUCCACAUGACAGAUUCGCUGUUUUUGGGCCAAGUUUUGGGCCGCAUUUGCUGUUCAUGCAUCACAGAUCUUUGUGUUGUGUGAAAUUUGCAUCACAAGUUGCAACCUUCCAGACCCAGACAUAUUUGCAAUGCAUAGUACUUUCCCGAUUACCACGCGGACGACUUCGUCCGGGCGGUGCAGUACUUCAACACGAAGCAACGGCGAUAUGACAGCGCACAACUCCCCCUCCCCCUCAUUUGUCAUGCAAAAUACCCAAUCCACCCUUUGCAUCGUGGCACUGUUUGCAUGACAAGUUCUGGUAGCCCGAAUAGCACUAUGUAUAAUUCAGUGCAAAUUUGUCAUGCAAAACCGGCACUCUUGCUGAUGCUUGUAUUGCCGUUCAUGCUACACAAAUGAGGGGGAGGGGGAGUUGUGCACUGUUAUAGGCGACGAGGCAAAACGCCGGAGCAAAUUCAGAAGGAGGAGGAUGAGAAGAGCAGGGAAGAGGGUCGCCGUGGUGGGCAAAAGCAAUGAACGAGGUGUCGAGACGAUGUCAAAAUUUUGGGCGCUGUCAUUCGCGGCAACGACAACGUCAGAAUUUGACAAAGCAGCUGCAAUUUGGCUGUAUACAUGAUGAAAUCGGAUGAAACAGAGAAACUCAACGAACUCGAACUUGACGACAUUACUUUUUGGCAUUCACACGUUUUUGCAGUACUUAGACUUAGUUCAAACUUGGCGACAUUAUGAAACUUUUUCAGGGCAUACAACAUCGUGCCUCUUUUCGAUGCACUGCAGUAAGUUGGCUGGUAGAAAAAUAUUACUUGGCUAGAAGAAUUUCAUGCGGUUUUUACAAUUUUUGCUUGAGAAUACACCUUUUCCGUGCCCGCGAGAACUCUUUGAGCAAACUUCUACAGUGCGACGGUUCAAGAAGAGUAUCCGGGUUUUUGCAUUCGUUUUCGUACCAAUCCAUCGGAAUCCGAAUCCAGGUGAACAAGAACUACAGCGAAAAUAUAAGGACCUCAACAACACAAACCCAGCACAGAGUUGAUGCUUCUACAAACAG